UUCUUUUUUACGGUUAAACUGGCCAAUGGUGUGCCAAUUUUUGUGUAAGCUCUUCAGUAAAACUUGAAGUACUGUACAUUGUUUGGAUGAAAUAUGCGUUUUAUCUAGGAGAUGGUGGUGCCUAGUAUGGAUAAUGACGACGCCUUGACGCCGCCCAAGGAACAGUAGUUCCGUAUGUAUAGACUUGUUUACAUAGGGUAAUGUUUGGCACUAUACAAAUUGUGUGCUGAGAAAUAGGCAUCGUGAGAGUGCAUACCUGGCAUGGCAGACGGAGCGGACGUUGUUUCACCCCCGCGACAAUUUAGCGACGUCAUUGGCUGCUCCCGAGCUGAGGUAGCCUUCCAACAUUGCAACAACAUCCUCAAAAGCGGCACACGACAUGUCCAAUUUCGACCCGAAUGCCAUCCUUCGGGGUGCCCAGCUCACAUUAGUUGGAGCACACCGAGCCCUUCAAAAUCCAGGCCUCUUCACCUCCGACCACUACCGACAGGCUGCAAUUGCUGUCGCCGCUGGCAUUGCUAUACGAAUAAUCAUCGCAAUUCCGGUUAUUGGAGUCAGAAUACUACUAUGGAUUCUUUCCCUGUUCAUGAAUUUGGACGCGGUAUCUUGGGACAACUAUGUUGUUGACGGCCUAUACUUCCUAGAGCACAGCGUGCUCCAGGUGCCGUUCUUCCUCAUGUCGAUGAUGCGAUACGUUACUCCCACUCUGGACCGCAUGUUCAUGGAUUCCCUGCAAUGGGUUGACCAAACCUACAUCCAAAAGCACAAGUCAGACAACCCUCAGACCCUUCGAGCGAUGUACUACCCAAACCUCAUCAUGUACUCCACGCACGGCGACACACACGUGAAGAAGAGCUACAAGGCAGCUGCAAUAUCAUUCUUAGUCAGAUACGGAAGACGAGCGGGUAUAUCGUUGGCCAUCUACGCGCUUUCGUUCCUACCAUACGUGGGCCGCUUUGUUCUUCCAGCUGCAAGUUUCUACACUUUCAACAACGCUGUUGGCCUUACACCUGCUAUGGUGAUAUUUGGCAGCUCGGUCUUCCUGCCCAAGCGCUAUAUUGUGAUGUUUCUUCAGUCGUACUUUUCCUCGAGGAGUCUUAUGCGCGAAUUGUUGGAACCGUACUUCUCACGCGUACGCUACUCCAAAGAGCAAAAGAAGCAGUGGUUCCGUGACCGCGAGGGGGUCCUCUUCGGCUUCGGCGUCGGCUUCUUCAUCUUCGUCAAGAUCCCGCUUGUUGGCGUCCUCAUCUACGGCAUCGCUGAAGCAUCAACUGCGUAUCUCAUCACCAAGAUCACGGAGCCUCCACCACCUCCAUCUCAAGCGGAGCAGUUCAAGGAGAGAGACGUCCGCUGGAAAAACAAGCACGAAUUCUUGAACCUACCCUUGAGUAUGCUAGACGCGCACAACGUGGCAACGAGCGAGAAGGAACACUUUCCUGCGCAGAAGGUGAUAUCAAGACAGGAGUUCAGCUGAUUCAAGACGCGUUGGGGACCUAAAAAUGACGGGUGAUGGAUGAGUGAUGAUUGGCAUACAUAUUGAUACGGCGUUUUGACUUUGUGCAUAGGUUUCGCACAGUGGAGUAGGUAAACUCCAUACAUAACCAAUUAGAAAGAUACACUGCCUCUACGGUCUAUCAGAAGCAAGGAUAAGGAUUGAU